AUGAACAGUUUCGCGGUCCGAAAAGGUCAAGUUAUUAAAAAUCAGAAUGCAGAUGUUAUUCAACAAAUAUUUGUUUGUAACCUUGAAGGAUUUAGGCAAGACAAGGUAGAGCAAAGCAUGCGUGGUCCGAAGAACGAAACCCGAUGUGGAUAUGGAGCAAAAUUUAGGGUACAUAUUGAUAUAAUUUUACAAAGGUGGUACAUCACGGUUUUUACCUUUGAGCACAAUCAUGAAAUGUUAAAAGAGAAGCACUGCAGGUUGUUGGCAGCUAAUAGGAAACUUAGUAAGUCACACAAGAUACAAAUUAAGAAUUUUGGCAAUGCUGGAAUCAAAGUAACUCAAAUGAUUGAUGCAUUUGCGAAUGAUGCAUGGGGAAAGCUUUCAUUUUUUUUAAAACCCAGUUCAAACCCCCAACUUCUUGUGUUUCUUGCCACCUUCAUUAAUCACCAUAACCAGACGGUUAUAUUUGCUACUGCCAUAGUUUCAAAUGAGGUUGAAGGGACAUAUGUAUGGUUGUUGGAGCAGUUAUUGGUUGCAAUGAAAGGCAAUACACCAAUGUUGUAA